AUGGCGCAUUUCACCCCUAUCUGCCGCUUUCUCCUUGCACCUCGAGAGAAUGCCACAUCUUUUGGUCAUAUUGACCUUGGCCCACUCCACCAUCCUCCGCUGCUCUGCAUCACGUCCCGUGAGCAAGUCCUGCAUGCUAUACGCAUUGGGUCUUUGACACCGCCGAGCGUUGGUGCUCCUUUACUAGCUCAUGCCCUCAUACCGUCAGAACUUGAAUCCUCAAGCAUGCUCCUUUGCGACUGGACACACUCGGCCGCAAGUGUUCGCGGUGUUUUACUCUUUUCGAGAGAGGAUCCACGCAGCUUUCAGGGCUGCGGUGCGCGCUUCUCCAUCUCUUUCUUUCUGAGCGUGAGGCCGCCCCUUUCCGCUAUCACCCUCGCAUACUUCAUUCUUGCAUUAGGAGCGAGUCAGACGUAUUCACCCAAUGUUGUGGGGAUAGCGUAUGUCAUUCUGGAUCACGGUGUCUAUGGGAUUCUUUUGUACGACGAUUCGCUGGACGAUAUGUACUCGUCGGUCUCCCACUCCUUUGCGGUAGAGCAUCCAGACCUGUGGGAGAGUCCCGAAUUUGAAGGACCCGUCUGUGCCUGGCCUUGGUUUGACAAUAUGUCGAUGACUCCCGACGUAGUGAAUGAAUGCCGCACGUGGGCCAAGUAA